AUGGUGGAGCCGACCAAUCAUCAUCGGCCAGGACUCGCCAAACUUCCUGUUGACCUCGACAUCACCACCACCGUCACCGCCAUUGCCGCUCUUCUAGCUGUCUGGCUCGCAUAUCGACUCCUGCGAAUCGAUGCAGAAAAGGCAGUCACUUUCACCGUGCCCGCUCCCGAGCAGACUCAAGCAGGAUGGCGCGGCAAGACCCUGGAUCGGCCGGACAUCAAGGUCCCGGGUGUGACGAGCAUACAAUGCUACGCUCCCGCAACCGGCCAGCUGCUGGCUCUUGUCAAUCCCGUCACUCCUGCCGGCAUUGACAGGGCUGUGGAGAAAGCCACUCAUGCCCAGAUCGAAUGGGCUCGUACCACUUUUGCCCAAAGGAGACGAGUCUUGAAGACUUUGCUCAAGUUUGUCCUCGACCAGCAGGAGACCAUUGCGCGGGUGGCAUGUCUCGACAGCGGAAAGACGCGUGUCGAUGCCAUCUUCGGAGAGCUGCUGGUCACGGCCGAGAAGUUGAAGUGGACUAUCAACCAUGGCGAGGCUGCUCUCAACGCUGAAAGACGUCCGACCAACUUCUUGAUGUUCUACAAGCGCAAUGAGGUGCACUAUGAGCCGCUUGGUGUCGUUGCUGCUUGUGUCAGCUGGAAUUAUCCUUUCCACAACCUCAUAGGACCAAUCAUCAGUGCUCUGUUUUCCGGGAACGCUAUUGUCGUGAAAGGCAGCGAACAGACUGCCUGGUCUUCGGCCUAUUUCAUCUCCAUCGUCCGUGGGGCACUCACGGCUUGUGGCCACAAUGCCGACCUGGUUCAUUCCAUCUCGUGCUGGCCCUCCACCGCGGACCACUUCACCAGUCACCCAGGAAUCGCUCACAUGACCUUUAUAGGCAGCAGACCCAUUGCACACGCAGUCGCCAAGAGUGCAGCAAAGACCCUCACCCCUCUCUGUGUCGAGCUGGGCGGCAAGGACGCGGCCAUUAUCCUCGACAACCCCACUGGCGUUCCCGAGGAGCCCGAGGCCAUGACCAGAAUUGCUAGCAUUCUUAUGCGAGGUGUAUUUCAAUCUGCUGGCCAGAACUGUAUCGGCAUCGAGCGAGUGGUCGCCAUGCCCCAGGCCUACAACAGGCUGCGCAACCUUUUGCAAGAACGCAUCCAGAAAUUGCGCGUCGGCAGUGACCUCAACAUGGACCACGUUGACAUGGGUGCUAUGAUAUCGCCAGCCUCCUUCGACCGCUUGGAGAAGAUCAUCGCGGAAGCAGUGUCGCAAGGCGCACGCCUAAUAGCUGGUGGCCAUCGAAUCGAACACGCGCAGUACCCCCACGGCCAUUACUUUGAGCCCACCUUACUCGUCGAUGUGACGCCAGAAAUGCGCAUCGCGCAAGAGGAACUCUUCGCGCCCGUGUGCGUGAUGAUGCGCGUGGACAGCGUCGACGAUGCGAUUCGCGUCACCAACAGCACCCCUUACGGCCUCGGUUGCAGUGUCUUCGGUCCCAACUUCUCCUCUGCAUCGCGCGCCCAGCUCCGUCGCGUCGCUAACGAGGUUAAGAGCGGCAUGGUCGCCAUCAACGACUUUGCCGUCUUCUACGCCGUUCAACUGCCCUUUGGAGGCGUGCGAGGGUCCGGCUACGGUCGCUUCGCCGCGGAAGAAGGGUUGAGGAGCUUGUGCAAUGUCAAGAGCGUGUGUGUGGAUCGAUGGCCGUGGUUGAUUGGCACGAGCAUUCCUUCCAAACUCGACUACCCCAUGCAAUCCGGCGCGUUUCGCAUGGGACAGGGAGUGGUGGAGAUGGGCUACGCGGACAGUUGGAUGAGGAUGUUGGGCGGGGUGAAAAAGAUGAUAUAA